UCCGACGUGCCGACUUCCUGUGUGUGCUUCCGUUUUCCUCAAGCGUAGUAAAAAUGCGUGUUUAGAAGUAUUUUUUUGUGUUUUUGGUGGUUGAGUUGAGGUUGUCAGUUUUACUGUGACUCACGCGGUGCGUUUUCAACUCAGUGGAGACACAAUGAACCACAUAUUCCGGAAGCUGCAGGUGACUUUCCCACAGCAGGUAUCCAUCCUGAAUCAGUCCAUAUGCAGAGCCACACCAUCCAUUCAGCAUCCGAUGUGGUGCACCGCGUCAAUAAAUGAGAGACGGUACAGAGACAUGCCGACUCACGGGAUUGGAAGGUGGAGGCAUUUGUUACCCAAACAGGCACCCAAGAAGAAAAAAGACAGAAACCAGCAAAAGGAGCUGGUUUCAGCGACCGAUACGGCGUACGGGACUCUGAACGUGAAGGUGUGUGGUUAUGACAUGACCGUGGUGGAGCAUUACUCCCAGUACAUCCACAACCUCUGCAACCGGCUCAACAUCAAAGUGGCAGAAAGCUAUGCUUUGCCAACCAAAAGCACAGAAGUGUUGCUAGUGCAAGAACAAGGCAACAAAACAUACGUGGACGCCGUCCUGAAGACCCACCAGCGCGUCGUCCAGUUGAGUACUUUGGACGCCUCUCUGUGUCAAGUCUUCAUGGAUGUCAUUCUGAAGAACCAACCGGAGGGAGUUCAGCUCUCGGUGAAGGAGCACACAGAGGCAGAUUAUCAGGUGCGCUUUAAGGCGCGUCCAGAGCUGGAGGGGCUCAUCGCUCAGAUCAACCAAUGAGACUCUCAAGGUUCCUGCAAUCUGUAUUGUCAUACAUAUGAGCAGAGAAGCUGUAGAGAAAUAUUGUAUUUUUGGUGUUGUUGUUUUUUUUUGUGCGUCUUUUAGAAAUAAAACGGUUUGGGAACAGACCAAGAUGACGUUA